AAGUUGCAUUCCAGUUAAUGCGUUAUACAUGUAAAUGUAAUUUUGAGUAAUUCCCCAUUUAAUAUGACUUUUUCGGUAAAUUGGGUGUUAUGUGAUAACAUGACGAAAGACUGGAGUACCUAAAGACGAAAAGUUGUCUUUUGCAUUAGUGCAAUUUUCAAUCAGUACCUCUAUUGAUAUCGUCAUAUUUUUAGCGCUUUUUUUGCAAACUUAUUUGUAAAAAGGUCGCUUUUAAUCUCACUUUGGCUGGCUGGCUGGCAAAUAUGGGACCGUAGAAGAACGCUUGUAGAAAAAGGAGCUUUAGGGACGGAGCCUCAUGAUAUGGUUUUUUUCUAUCUGCUUCUAAAGUUUAUUGGUCCGAUUGUUUUCAAAUUGGUGUCCUUGGAAAGAUCUUGUAAACGCGCGCAACUCUUGCGUGCUGGAGUGAAGGGGACGUCGGAAGUAGGUACAGACAGAGAUAAUGUGGUAGCCCCCGGCAAGAUUCAUUCCUGUGCCAAUUUUUCCAAACAUAUAUUGAUUUGUGAAUUACACUUUUUUUUAAUAAACCAUGAAAAUUUUUAAAACGAUAGAGCACUCUCAGAUGGACCAGACAGCAGAAUCUCUCAGAAAAAUUCGCCUGGAAUGGAAUGGCUACGUGAAUUUCACAAAUGCACCGGCUUGACAUCACUUCUAUAGUACGCUCCGGCUAUACGCAUCCUGUUUGUGACGUCACGAACAAUUAUAUGUUCUUAACCUAACUUCUGAAAAUAAAUAAACAAAUCCUAGUUCUGCAUAAUUUAUGGAAUUUAAAUGGAGAGAUUGGCAUUUUAGAACUUCUUCUAUCCAGAGGUAAAGCGAAAAUGGCAGAUUUUACCCAAAAACGUUUAGAUUCCAUAAUGGAGGAAGUGGAGGAUAUGAGGCGCACUAAGUUAUUUACUCCGGAUGAGACGAGGGUAGUCUUUAAAAAACGUAAGGAGUUUGAGCAGAAGAUACACAGUGUUUUAAUAGACGUAAAAAGCUAUGAAGAGUAUAUUAUCUACGAGAAAAGCUUAUUAAAAGACAUUGGACUCCGAAGAAAAAAGCACAAGAUAUUCGAAAAGAACAACAUCGAAUAUAAGAUUAUAAAACGGAUAAAAACUCUCUACGAGUUAGCCUUGCAAAGAACUAAUGAUGUAUCACUAAUUUUAGCAUUUUUUAAAUUUUGCAAAAGAGUAAAUUAUGUUCACGACGCUUCAGAUGCAAUAGCGCGUUUAGUGCAGCUUCACGCGGAUGAUCCAAAAGUGUGGCAAGCGGCCACUAACUGGCAUGCCUAUGACCGUAAAGAUAUUAAUGCGGCUUUGGCUAUGUUCCCUAAAGCCUUAGAAAUACAUAAGGAUAGCCAAAUGUUGUAUAAAGAAAGAAUUACACUCGAAAUACACAGCAUGGUUCACAACAUCAAAAGUAAAGAUGAAUGUAUUACUAGUAUCAGAGAAGUUGUUGACACCAUUUUUACUAAUAUCAACGAUCCCAAUUUCUACAUUGAACUUAUUGUGCAACUGGAAGAACAUCAAUUUACUCUCGCCAUCCAGGAUGUUAUAAUCAAUAAAAUGACAGGGGAUUAUUAUAAUAAUGAAAACAUCUGGCACGCUCUUGCUCAAAGGGAACGAAGAGGUAUAUAUCAAUUAGUUAAACUCGCCAAUCCCGAACCGGCUACAAAAAGUCGCACCCCAAAAGCAAAGUUGGAAGCCUGUUUUGCCAAAUACUUAGAAGGUCUCUCAAAGGUAUCUCAAGUUACGAAGCCAAAAUUGUGGGCUUUGUAUCUGGACUUCUUGAUUGAUCUGCAGCAAGACACGGCGUCUGCCAACGUUUUAAAACAAUCGACAUUAAAGGCAGCAUUACACAGUGCCUACUCAGAAGAUUGUCUGUUGGAAAGGCACUACAUUGCUUGGGUAACGUUUGCGCAAGACGAAGAUGCUUUGGAAAUUGCAGAGAAGGGUACGGAUGCAUUCCCUCACUCGGUGGAAUUAUGGGAAUUACGGUUAUGCAAGCAAAUAUUAAAAGGGGAUACGGGAAAAGUGAACUUAGUUUUCAAAUUGAGCAUUAUCAAUCUGAAAGAGAAAUCACUACCGCUAUGGCAAAAAAUUAUCUCUUAUCAUUUGAUUAUGUCUCACGAUGAUUACAUCCAUUUAAUAUACAGAGAUGCGGUGAAGCAAGCAAAAGAAAUUUCAGAUGAUCUCAAACCGAAGUACAUUGAGUGGUUAGCAUUAGCUAAAGGGAUGAAAGUAACACGCGAUGUUUAUAAUGAAUUAGCAAUUCAGGAACCCUAUUGCAAGGAUCUUCAUGCUAUGAUGUCAAAAAUGGAGAGCGUACAGUUGAAGUAUAAUUUCAAGGCAUGGGAAAAAGUGCACGAGCGCGCGUGUGAACAGUUUGGUGCAGAGGACGUCGACGUGUGGAUUGAUUAUAUUGUUUUCUACACAGAUUACUAUAAGGUUCAUGAGAAUCCGGCUGAACGAAUUCAAUGGAUACAUUCCGAAGCAGAAAAAAAAUUACAUAAGAGUUUAAUUCUAGACUUUAAUAGAAAAUAUGCCAAAAUUACUAAUGGAUAGUAUUUAAGUAAUGUGUGAUUUAUUAAAUUUAAUGAAAGAAA